AAUCGUUCGUAGUCAGUGGAGUGGUGUGAACCGGCGACGCUCGAGACUUCUCUUACAAAAUGAGCAAACCAAAUUUUGAGCAAACACUCGAGGACAUUCUGGAAAAGAAUCUGCCGCAAGAAGAGCUGGCCGAGGUCAAACGCCUUUUGUACGGCCGCGAGUUAGACUUUCUGUUUCUUCCUAAAUGGAACGGAAACCAGGAUCUCGAUGUGCAAGGGUACGACAUGGGUGGCAGUAUCACAGAGGAGCUGCGCCCUCCGCGUAUCGUUCGAGUAGGUUUAAUUCAACAUUCCAUAGUGCUGCCGACGACAGAACCGCUGAAGAAACAAAGGAACGCUCUGCAUCUGAAGAUCCAAAAAUACGUCGAUUACGCCGCGACUUGCGGCGUCAACUUGCUCUGCCUCCAAGAAGCUUGGGCCAUGCCAUUCGCGUUCUGCACCAGAGAGAAGUAUCCCUGGUGUGAAUUCGCCGAAGAUGCUGAGAACGGGCCAACUGUAAUACUUAUGAGUGAACUUGCCCAACGGCACGGAAUGGUCAUUAUCUGUCCGAUCCUUGAGAGGGACUCCGCGAACGGUGACACUCUGUGGAAUACCUCCGUCGUGAUCGAGAAAGAUGGGACAGUGAUUGGGAAACACAGGAAGAACCACAUUCCUCGUGUAGGCGAUUUCAACGAGUCCACCUACUACAUGGAGGGAAAUACAGGGCAUCCUGUCUUUGAAACAAGCUUUGGACGUGUAGCCAUUAAUAUCUGCUAUGGUCGACAUCAUCCCCAAAACUGGAUGAUGUUCGGGCUGAAUGGUGCUGAGAUCGUGUUCAAUCCAUCAGCAACAACCAGCCAUACAUCCGAACCAUUGUGGUCUAUUGAAGCGAGAAAUGCAGCCAUAGCAAACAGUUAUUACACUUGUGCCAUUAAUCGCGUUGGAACUGAGCAAUUCCCCAACGAAUUCACGUCUGGUGAUGGGGCACCUGCGCAUCACGACUUCGGCCAUUUCUAUGGGUCUAGCUACAUCACUGCUCCUGAUGGUACCAGAACACCGGGCUUGAGUCGCUCUAAAGACGGCCUUCUUGUCUGCGAGCUGGAUCUGAAUCUGUGUCGUCAAAUGAAGGACUUCUGGUGUUUGAGAAUGACUCAGAGACUGGAUCUGUACGCCAGAGAACUGAACGAAUAUGUGCAGAACAACUUGAUACCGCAACAGAAACACAUGAAGCAACAAGAAAAAGACAGCAAAAAGCAAUAAGCUGGACACGAAAUGCUGGAGAUCGCAAAUGCUUUUUUUCACUUUGUUAUAAGUCUCCUAUUUCUUGCUGAUCAUGUAUACGUCGAGAGAAAGAUAAAAAAUACAUAUAUACGCAUUUAGA